UCAGCCGAGUGCGAUGAGGUCUCAGUGGAGUGUUGUGCUAUUUGUUGUGGCAGCCACGCUGACCAUCAGCGAGGCACAUAACUUGCCUGGAGUGCCAGAAAGCUUUACCAGCGAUAAUCGUCUCACGGCUGCCAUUUCAGCUAGCAUAGCGGAAGAGAUUAGCCAAGAGUUUGUCAAGUACAUGGCCACGGGCAUCGAGUCGGAGCGUCUUCGACAGCUGGGCAACGAGUUGCGCCACAGUCACAGCAAAAAGGAUAUUUUCACCGAGUCCCUAUUCGAAGUGAGCGCCGCGGAUCAGUAUUUCGCUUGUACUUUGUGUCGAGCGACUGUCAAAGUGUUGGCCGACAGCUUUACGGGUCCAGAUGGGGAAUUAACUGGUCCAAAUCGUGAUGAAAAUGCUAAGAAAACAAUGCUCACCAUUUGCGAUUACUUUGACAUUCAGACGCAGGAAGUGUGCAGCGGACUCUUUGACAUCAAUUGGCCCAUACUCGAUUACAUACUGAACGAGACGAUUGCCGAGGCGAGCUCCAUUUGUGGCAUGUUGCCCAUUAGCAUUUGCCAGCUGUCGCAGGAGGAGUACUCUCUCAAUGUGACCAUUGUGGGUGAUACAUCACUAGAGUCUAACUCCGAGCUGCCUGAACGCAGUGACAACGAUUUGUUGGUGCUGCAUUUGACUGACAUUCACUAUGAUCCCGAGUACGCUGUGGGCAGCUUGGCGGAGUGCGAUGAACCCAUGUGCUGUCGGGGUGAAGUGGUUACCACAUCCGUUGGAGCUGGCUAUUGGAGUGACUAUCGCAACUGCGAUACUCCUAAGCAUUUGAUUCUAAAUGCCUUCCAACACAUGUCGCAGCACAAGAUUGAUUGGAUCUAUCAUACGGGUGAUGUGCCGCCUCAUAAUGUCUGGUCCACCACGAAGCAGGGCAACAAGGAUAUGCUGACUGAAAUCGAUGAACUGUUCGAGCAGUAUUUCCCCAACAUUCCUGUCUAUCCCUGUCUGGGCAACCAUGAACCACAUCCCACCAAUGUUUUCAACAGCGACAGCGCACUGCCCGCUGAGCUGCGCAUUGAUUGGCUUUACGAGCACGUCUGGAGCUUGUGGAAAAAGUGGCUGCCCGCUGAAGCUGAGGUCACUGUGCGUCGCGGUGGCUACUACACUCACUCGCCCAGUGCUGGUCAUCGCAUUGUGGCGCUGAACAGCAUGGAUUGCUAUCUCUACAAUUGGUGGCUCUAUUACAAUGGUUCGCUUGUGCUCGACCAGCUGCAGUGGUUCCAUGACACUCUCUUGGCCGCCGAACUGGCUGGCGAGCGUGUUCAUGUGCUGACCCACAUACCAUCGGGCGAUGGCGACUGCUGGUCGGACUGGGCGAGGGAAUACAAUCGCCUGCUGGCACGUUUCAGCAAGACCAUUACGGGCAUCUUUAGCGGACACACGCACAAGGAUGAGAUGAAUCUGCAUUAUGCGGACAACGGAGCUGCGGUUGCUGUUGCCUGGAAUGGCGGCAGUUUGACAAGUUACUCUUACAAGAAUCCCAACUAUCGUUUGUAUGAACUGCACCCCGAGAGUUGGCAAGUGUUGGAGCAUCAGACCUGGACCUUUAAUCUAACCGAGGCGAAUCUUAAGCCCGAUGAAUCGCCUAAUUGGUACAAGGAAUAUGAAUUUACGGCGGACUUCACCAGCGACACAAGUCCCGCUGGCAUUGACAAGUUGCUGGUGGAAAUGGCCGAACAACCAAAUCUGUUGCGCAAAUUCUGGCGCUACAAGAUGACGCAAUCGGAUGCCAGGACGAGUGGAGGCUGCGACAACGAUUGCUUGGCCAGCACGCUGUGUCGCAUCGCCACCUCCAACUACAAGAACAGAACGCGUUGUCGUGAACUCGAAGCCAUACUCCAGCAGAGCCUGGACAACGAGCCAGAGAAUGAGCCAGAGAAUGAGCCAGAGGGUGAUGGAGCUGGCACUUUGAUUGCCAUCGGUUUGCCCUCGCUGCUGAUUGGCAUCGUUGGUUUGCUGCUGUUGCUCUAAUUGAUACCAUCAGCUAAUCCUCGAGCGCUUAUCUUUAUCGCUUUUGGCAUUUAUUUAUAGCGUAUCGUUAUUAAUUAGUUCGAUUAGCUUGCAGCGCAUUCAUAAAAUGCGUCAUAAAAGUGGCAAUAAGUUUUUCCCCCAUCCUUCUUUGUCUGCUGCGAGUGUAAUUAAACGCUUUUUGUAGUUUUAACAUUCAGAAUUUUUGAUAUACACAUAUAAUUACAUAAAAUUGCAUUUUUCU